AUGUGGAAUAAGCAUAGAGCGUAUUUCAUCAUAGCUGGUGUGUUAUUCCACCUAUUUUAUCUAUGGUCAAUCUUUGACAUUUACUUUGUUUCGCCAUUGGUGCAUGGUAUGAGACAACAUCUUUCAACAAAUGAACCACCAGCUAAAAGACUUUUCCUUAUUGUUGGUGAUGGUUUACGUGCUGACACGACAUUUGAGAAACUAGUGCAUCCAGUAAGCGGAGAGCACGACUUUUUGGCACCAUAUAUCAGGCAAUUGGUUCAAAAUGAGGCAACAUACGGGGUUUCUCAUACUAGAAUGCCAACAGAAUCUAGACCUGGUCAUGUGGCUAUGAUUGCUGGCUUUUACGAAGACGUCAGUGCGGUCACCAAAGGUUGGCAGGAGAACCCAGUUGAUUUUGAUAGUUUCUUCAAUCAAUCAACCCACACGUAUUCUUUUGGUUCACCAGAUAUUUUACCAAUGUUUAAGCAAGGUGCUACCCCAAAUAAGGUGGACGCUUGGAUGUAUGGUCACGAAUUUGAAGAUUUCACACAAUCAUCAAUUGAACUAGACGCAUUCGUCUUCAGACAUUUAUAUGAACUCUUCGAUGCUUCAAAAGUGAACAAGACACUUGGCAAUGAAAUAAAACAAGAUGGAAAUGUCUUUUUCCUACACCUGUUGGGUUGUGAUACUGCUGGCCAUUCCUAUAGACCUUACUCUGCAGAAUAUUACGACAAUGUCAAGUAUAUUGACGAGCAAGUAAAGAUAUUAGUGAAAAAGGUCCAUGAAUUCUUUGGUGAUGAAGAUACGGCGUUUAUUUUUACUGCUGAUCAUGGAAUGAGUGCAUUUGGAUCUCAUGGUGAUGGUCAUCCCAAUAAUACUCGGACACCGCUUGUGGCAUGGGGUGCAGGAUUGAAAAAGCCAGUUAAAAAUGAAGUUCCUAUUUUUGACAAUUACACCGAGAACUGGCAUCUUGCUGAUAUCAAAAGAAAUGACGUCAACCAAGCAGAUAUUGCUUCAUUAAUGUCGUAUUUAAUUGGUGUCAACUACCCAGUGAAUUCUGUUGGUGAAUUACCUUUAGCAUUUAUUGAUGCUUCAGAAGAAAAGAAGCUUAAUGCACUCUUCAACAACGCCAAGUCUAUUUUAGAGCAGUAUUUGGUAAAAGAAGAGGAAAUAAUUGCUUCUCAAUUUGUGUACAAAGAAUUUGAAGGCUUUGUACAGAAACCAUACAAUCAAUACCUAGAAGAAAUCCAGAAUCUCAUUGAUAGAAUUGCUCAAGGUGAAAAUUCCCUUGAACCAGAAGCAAUAAAGUUAACUGAGGAGUUAAUGAAAGUGACUUUGGAUGGUUUAGCGUACCUCACAACGUACAACUGGAGAUUUAUAAGAACAAUCGUCACUCUAGGUUUCUUAAGUUGGAUUGUCUAUUCCUUUUCCAUAUUUUUAAGACUAUUCAUCUUAAACAAAGAAUACAACACCGAAAAAUCGGUAUUAAACUACUUCGUGUUUGGCACUUUAACUAUUGUAUUGAACUACGUUCUAUAUUACCAGAAGGCUCCUUUCAACUUUUACAUGUAUCUACUUUUCCCAUUAAUUUUUUGGUCCCAGAUCUUUACAGAUCAUGCUGUUCUCCACGAUGGUAUCAGAGAAUUCUUAAAAGACAUCUCAAUAUCUCAUAGAAUUGGCCUUUUGUUAGGAAUCGUAUUUGUUUAUGAGGCAAUCGUUUAUGCUUUCUUCGACCGUUGGAUCUUUUCCUUUGUAUUUAACAUGUUGUCCUUCUACCCAAUGGUGUGUGGUUACAAGAACUGGAAGAGAAACAUUCUAUGGUUUGUCACAAGUGCUUGCAUUUCAGUGUUCACCUUAUUGGACCCCGUUAAGAUCGAGAACCUAACUCAGAUCAAUAUAUCCAGUGCGAUGAUUGUGCUGGCUUCCAUUGGAGGGUUUUUGCAUCUCCGUAAACAACUCAAUACCUACACAAGGAUUACCUUUGUUACACAAAUAUUACUAGUCAUUCUAAUGACUCUUGCGACAAACAAGUCUGUUAUUUCUUUACAAAACCGAGACGGUUUACCAAAGGACGCACAAGUGGCUGGCUGGGUAAUUUUGGUAACUUCCCUCAUAGUUAUGCCAUUGGUUCAUUACAUGCACCCAAAUAACAACUAUAAGGUAAGAAUGUUGAUUAUUUUCCUAACUUUUGCCCCUACGUUCAUUAUUUUGACUAUAUCUUUCGAGUCCUUCUUUUACCUGGUAUUCAGUGCAUACAUUGUCCAAUGGAUUGAGAUUGAGUCCAAGAUCAAAGAGCAAAGGACCAAAUCCGACGAUUAUAGACAGUUGAUCAGAGUUACCGUUAUUGGGUUUUUCCUACUACAAAACGCCUUUUUCGGCACAGGUAAUGUGGCAUCAAUCUCAUCCUUCUCCCUAGACUCAGUCUAUAGGCUAAUGCCUAUCUUUGACCCCUUCCCAAUGGGAGCGCUCCUCAUGAUCAAGCUAAUCAUUCCGUACAUUAUUUUGUCUGCUGGUCUCGGUAUUUUGAACUUAAAGCUCCGCAUUAAAGAUUACACAAUAUCAAGCUUGAUUAUAUCUACAAGUGAUAUCUUGUCUCUAAACUUCUUCUAUCUAUUGAAAACAGAAGGUAGCUGGCUAGACAUUGGCAUCACCAUAUCAAAUUACUGCUUAGCAAUCUUAUCUUCGUUAUUCAUGCUAAUCCUUGAAAUAGUUGCACAUUUGGUCUUGAGAAAUGUCCAACUCUCAAAACCACUAGCAGUAGACUCAGACAAGAAAAACACCUAA